AUGCCUGCUCUUCAUGCUCAUAGUCUCUCUGCGCUGCCUCAUCUCAAGAAGGGUCUUUCGCUCGCUCCUGCCAGAGCUAGUGCGAAUGACAUUGAGAGCCAACAUAUUAUCUUAAUCAUCCAAUUCGAGCCUCGGAGUGACACCAAGGACAUUGUAAUCGCUGGUGGUGCAGGUUUUACGUGA